AUGCGGGCGUCGGCUGCACAUUAUCUUCGCAUCGUUCCCCGGUCUUCGCUACGCGUGAAGCCGAGCGCAAUUACGCCAGCACCAGCGCCGCAGGUCACAGAGCUUCACCAACCGACAAUCAUCGACGUCUUGACGAAACGCAGGGAUGCGGCUGGAUCGCAGUGGCCCCAAAACCUGCGAAUAGAGCCUGUGCUUAAGAGGGAGGCGUUGCAAAACGUACGCGCUGAGGUGCGGUCGGACUUGAAGGCGUUGCUUCGAGAGAGAUAG